CAGCUUUCCUUCGCCGAUUCCUUCGAGCUGGGAAGAAGCCGUCUGCACAACACCCACAAAUCCAACUACACGGCUCGACCCCUCUAUCAUAAUGUCUGACAACGUCGGCCUCACCACUCCCCGCGGUAGCGGCACCUCUGGCUAUGUCCAGCGCAACCUCGCCCAUAUGAGGCCCCGCGACUUCGGCGCGCCCUACCCCAAGGACCUGGACAGUUUGCGACACAAACAGCGACAACCAGACAAGGGCAUUCUUGAACACGAUCGCAAACGAGAGGUUGAGGUCAAGGUCUUUGACUUGAGAGACAAGCUUGAGGAGGACGAGGUCGAUGAAGAUGAGAUCGAACGACAAUGCAACGAACUCCGACAAAAGCUACUUGCCGAGAUGAACUCCGGGAGGAAGGGCUCAGGCCCUCGGAAGGCCUUCAAGGAGCACCAGGUCCACGAGAUGGCCGAUGCCAAGAUCAAGGAGAGCGAGCGUCUACGGAGAGCCUUGAAGAUCAGCUCCGGCUACGAAGAAGGCAGCCACUGGAAGCGACAAGAGGAGAGGUUACGCAGUGCCUUGGAAAAGGAAGAAGGAGGGGGGGAGAAGAAGGACUAAGCACACCGCCUCGUCGACGAUCCAGACAGACGAGAGCCUCUUGGGUCGGUUCCGGGGAUGCAACAAGGGACAAGGGGCGACACAGCCUGCCGCUGGUGCGGGCCAAAGUGUCCGAGACACUACUUGAGGCUGAGGCGGAACCGCUUUCAUUGCAAUUUAGGCGCAUGCUGUUUCGGUUAUUUCUCUCCGGUUGCGCAUGAUCUCUGCAGGUCAAGCGGAACAGUACGUCCGGUUUCCAGUGCCACCUUGUCUUUAUCCCCGCGGGAGAACACUCGACUUCAUUUUUUUUUUUUUUUUUUAUUU